AUGGGGCUUCCAUGUAUCCACAGAAUCCGGGAGCGUCUUCAAAACCGCGAGUCUCUAUAUCUUGGAGAUUUUAAUCGUCAUUGUCGUCUUUAUAAUGACCAGGACAUGCCUCCGAUUAACCCAAGAGACUUGGUUUUAGAACCAGAGGUUGUACGCCGAAAGGGCCGGCCGGGAGGAUCAUUAAAUCGAUCCAGUCAGGUAGAACCAGAACUGGAGCCAGCAAGUCAGGAUCGCUCCACUCAGCGUGAUCCUUCAGCCUUUGUAUUGUCUUAUCCCAGGAAUCAUCGCGCGGGCAAGGGAGAGGGAGAGGUAGAGAUAGUGGGCGUGGGCGUGGGCGUGGGCGUGGGCGUGGUUGCGGUCGUGGUCGUGGUGGUCAGGUCCCGGGUGUCCCACCAGGGAUGA